GUAUCUCUCUUAACAGAAAUGACAGAACAAUUUAUAAUCAAUAGCAUUAGCAUGAACAUUACAAAAUAUUCAAACAAGACCAAUACAUCAGAAUGGAUAAACAAACUAAAGGAAAAAAUGUCACUCUAUUAUGAGAGAUACCUAAAAU